AUGCAACCUACGGACUAUGUGAAAAUCGUCGGUGCAAGUGGGCGCUGCUUCUACGUGCACUACCACUGUGCAACCGUCUCCGAGACGCUACGCUCUAUGCUGGAGUCAGGGUUUCGCGAAGAGCGUGAGCGCUGCAUAACUUUCAACGAUAUCGAGGAGGAGCUGCUCGAAUGGUGUCUAGACUACGUCUACUAUUACCGACAGUGUGAGUGCAACUGGUAUGGGACAGAGUUGCCGCGCUUCCCGGUACCGGAGGAGAAGUCACUGCAGUUGCUCAGCGUCGCAAACUAUCUAAACCUUUGA